AUGGGGGGGUUUGCUGCUACAUUGUGUCCUGUUCUGCGUCUGUCUCCACACCCCCUGAUGCCACGGAGAGCUGCACUUAUCUGUCACAUUGACCACGCCCCCCUCAGAUUUACCACACCCUCCCAGAUUGACCCCGCUCCCUCAGACGGACCACACCCCCUCAGAUUGACCGCGCCUCCUCAGAUUGACCACACCCCCUCGGAUUGA